AUUUGCGUGCAUGCGCAGCAUCUCUCAGAUCGCUGGUGGCAGCAGGAACAUGGACGUCCAGGUAGCUCCUCUACGGGCCUGGGAUGAUUUCUUCCCGGGCACCGAUCGGUUCAGCCGACCAGAUUUUAAAGACAUUUCGAAAUGGAAUAACCGGGUCGUGAGCAAUCUGCUGUACUACCAGACCAACUACCUGGCCCUGGCCGCAGCUGUCAUCUGUCUGGUGGGGUUUUUAAGUCCUUUCAACAUGAUCAUGGGAGCCACAGUUGUCAUUCUUAUCUUCAUGGGGUUUGUGUGGACGUCGCACAACAAGGAUUUUGUCCGUAAAUUUAAGAAGCAGUGUCCAACCCUUUUUGUCACGUCUAUCCUGAUGUCCAGCUACUUUGUCAUCUACGUGUUCGGAGGGGUGAUGGUGUUCGUGUUUGGCAUAACAUUCCCACUUUUAUUGAUGUUCACCCAUGCCUCUCUGAGGCUCCGCAACAUAAAAAACAAGCUGGAGAACAAGAUUGAAGGCGUUGGCUUGAAGAGGACUCCGAUGGGGAUUGUACUGGAUGCCCUUGAACAACAGGAGGAAAAUUUUGCAAAAAUAGCUGACUACAUCAGUAAAGUGAAGGAAUGAGCACGACAGCCCCCAGACAUCACCUACUGGUCCCCGCACUCCCCUCUCAUGUACCAUUUGAGGUUGUCUUUUUGUUUCAGUUGUGUGUAUUUAGGGGGUAGCACCUCACUGCCGUGUCCUCUUCCCUAAACAAUCGGUCUGACAUGGAGACCUGGUUUUGUACUGUGUUUCUCGGUGUGACGUAGUAACCCUACUACUCUAUCAACAGUGGGGUCAGCUUCUUUUUUGAUAUCUUGUAAUAGAACCUUGGUCAACACCAAAAACACCCUCUUGUAUGGUCUUAAAAAUAUGGGGAGUACCACAUCAUCCAGUCAGGUGUCCACCCCCUCCCUCCCAUCCACAAAAAAAAGAAAGUAUUGUUUCUUAUCAUGUCAAUGUAAUGCCUAAUCCGUGUUCAUUUAGCACUUGCUUGGAAUACUGAAGGAAGUCCAGUUUGCCUAGAUGGUAAGCUAAGGUAUCUGUUUUAAUGUAUUAGGAUUUUGCCACUUAAUAUUAUCUUUACAUUCUUUCUUUCCUUUUUUUUUAUUACAGAAGUUGUAAAGAAUAAGUGACCUUUGGUCAAAAGGGCUUAAAAGGGAACUUUAAAGUUGUUGCAGGGGAAGGACGCCCGUUCAAACUCCCAGCAACGUAGGCGCCCGCUGCUAUAGAAAGAGAUCUGUAAAAUUGCUGGAAGUCUCAUAGACACGCAUGGGAUUUCUGGCCGCUCCGCACACUGCUCGCUUUAGCAGCGGGAUACAGAGUUUGUGUGAGUUUGGUGUGUAUCCUGCCGCUGCAACAAUUUAUAGUUACACUUUAACUUUAAAAUAGUGCGCUCAGUCAUUGCAAAUAAAGUUUAUUGAAAUGAGCACAAGGUGUGAUGUGUGUGUGUGUGUGUGUGUAUAUAUAUAUAUAUAUAUAUAUAUCUAUCUCUAA